AUGAUGCGGCAGCAUAUCGUUAUUGGCAAUAUUAUCUUUAUAAUUAUUUGUGGAUAUGGUAUAGUUGAAACACGUGGAUAUUACGAUUCAAGUUAUGCUUUUAUGUUUGUCAAGAAUGAAAUUACGCAAAAAAAGCAGACGUUCUGUGUUAAUUAUGAGCAAUGGCGAGUACAACAGAUAGCAAAAGACGUUAAAAAUGCUGAGAUAUUACGACUUGAUUGGUGGGGUGGAAUCAUUAACAACACUAAUGUUUGCAACAAAGGUAAACCAGUUUUAUUAGAGAAGAAAGUAGUAGCACUGAAUUAUCGUCUGAAACUCGAAGAUGGCAGUUGUGCGAUUCCGUUUAUCAUGAAGAAUGCAAGCUUUAAGAGAGCUUUACAAUAUGAAGUAGACCAGUUGGCUUCAAGAAAUGCUAGUGCUGCCAUUAUUCUCAUUGAUAAGGGUCGUAAAUAUGUUACCAAAUGGGCAGAUUAUUUGUUUUCGGAAUUUUACGAUCCGGAUUUCAAUCAGUCCACUAAAUUGCCGGCAUUUUUCAUGUACACUGCUACAUUCUUCAACGAAAUGCUGCAACUGAGCAGUGAUGGAAGUGGCAGAGAAUUAUUAUUGCAGUUCUAUAGACCGUUGAAUUCUCGAUGGGAUAUAUCCAUGUUAAUUAUAUGGCUUAUAGCUGUAUUUUGUGUAACACUAGGCGGUUACUGGGCUGCUCUUCGAAAAAUAUACGAAGAAAUUGUUACUUUGCGUGGACCUCACCAAAUCUCGACUAACGUUAUGCAGAAAUCAAGAAGUUGCCUAAAUGAUGAACAAAUGACAACUUCAGCAAAUUGCUUAUUCAUUAUUAUUAUAAUGCUUGUUGUUGUUGGUGUUUUAAUGCUUGGUUUCUAUUUUCGAGGUGUUAUGGUGUUCAUUUUCAAUAUAUUACUUGCAAUCAUUGGUACAUUUAGUAUUCAUCGUUGUUUAACGGCAUUAUUUGGAUCGAUAUGCAAAUGUGGCCAUUGUCGGGUAUGCAUUUCGAUGAAUGACAUAACACAGUCAAUAUUCCGCCGUGAUCUAUUCAACUACGAGUGCUGCACCGAACGACCACUUGUGAUGUCUGUGGUGGUUUUCAUCGGUGCAGCAUCAUUUUGUGUCACCUGGUUUACAAUCCGACGUGAUCCAUAUGCAUUUGUAUUGCUUGAUAUCAUCAACAUUACUGUUUGUAUCCAUAUUUUGAAAGGCAUUCGAUUUCCGAAUCUGAUGUGGUUAACAGUUUUACUGACAUGCAUGUUUAUGUAUGAUAUAUUUAUGGUCUUUAUUACACCUUUUCUUACCAAAAAUGGAUGUUCUGUGAUGAUUGAGGUUGCAGCUGGAACAGAUUGUUCAAAAACAAAUGGUGGUUAUCCUAUAGCACCAAUUAAUACUGAGAUACCGGAAAAGUUUCCGAUGCUUUUUCAAGUGCCACGAUUAAGUGACCCAAUGAUUUCAUGCAUUGAUUUAGCAAUUGAGAAGGAAUUUCAUCCAGUAAUCCUUGGAUUGGGUGAUAUUAUAGUACCUGGUUAUCUGAUCUGUUUUUGCUUUACCGUUGAUUUCGUUGUUCGAACACGUUAUCUUUAUGGAUUUAUUUCAGUUAGCGGUUAUGGAAUUGGUCUUAUUGUAACAUUCGUCGCUUUAACAUUGAUGGAAACCGCUCAGCCUGCUUUAAUUUAUCUAAUACCUUUUACAUUAGGACCCAUCAUUAUACUUGCGCUCAUUCGGCGAGAGUUUAAGGUUCUUUGGAUUGGAGAUUUUCCGAAAUCUGAGAAUUCUUCUCAUAUUUCGCGAAAUUCUGCCGCGGAUACGGCCAGUAGUGCUGUUAAUUCGGGUAGUAUUGGUUUUGAUGAAGUUUCUGUGACAUUACCAGCAGUUUUACCAUGUAAUACAGGUUAA